AUGGCCCAACAUGAACUUCAACGAACUCCCCACGUCGGACAAUGUACAACACCCGUGGAACGGACUGACCUCACCUCUCUGCCUGGUUCCAAUCGCCCAGGCGCGCCAGGAAAUCUUUGGAUGAUCUUUCAGCAGGAACCGGCCUGGAUAAUCACCCAACAGGCUCUGCCAUCCUCGCCACAUCCUGAACCAGGGCAGCACCGUCUUCUAGACGGAAACUUCGCCAGUGCGGUAGGGUGUAGACGAGGUCGAUUUUUUCCGGGUAUGCGUGCUGCUGCAUCGCCUGCAGGACAUUAUUAUUCCGUCGCAGCUGGAAACCCCGACGCAGUCGCAAAACUGGACUUCUUCGGCGUCUUCGGCAUAGCCAGGUUAGCCGGCACCGGGCGUGGCAUGCAUGUCGUGAGACAUUGCAUGUUGCUGCAUGUUCGCCGGUUUAGAUAG